CCACCGAAACAUUGGACGGCUGGGAGUUCUCUACCCCUCAUCACGCUGGCAAUAUAUCUUUUUAUUUUCAUGUCAUCUUGUAUCGUUUAACUUCAUACCCAAGAUGCAACUGUUCAGACACUUCAUCGAAGAAGCCAGAUUUGGUGUCUCUCUCCAGCAAGUUUGGCACAAUAGAUAGUCAUGGAUCAUCGGUUGAAAGGUUACAAUGGUUCUGUGAAUCAAUACAGGCUUAAUGAUGAGACCCUUUUGGCCUUACCCGAUCAGAGUCUUGGUAACAGAUUCAAAGUUAAUGAUGGUUUAGUUAACUUUGAAGAUUUGCAGUUUUUACUGUCUCAUCCGAUUGCUGAUAAUCCGACACCACCCUCUUCUAUUGUGUCUCAAGAGGUGAAUUCUCAUGAUCAGGAUUAUGAUUUUAAUGAUGUAGUUCUUAAGUACAUAAAUGAUAUGCUUAUGGAAGAGGACAUUGGAGAAAAGGCCUGCAUGUUUCAAGAGUCUUCAGCAGCUCUUCAAGCAGCUGAGAGGUCUUUGUAUGAGCUUCUUGGGGAGAAGUAUCCUCCUUCACCCAAUUUUGACCCAAAUUUUUAUGUUGAUGAAAACCAUGAAAGCUUAGGUGUAAAUCAUGAUUUGGACUUUUCAUGUUUUAACAGUAGUAUUGGAGGUACUAAUAGUGAUAGCUUGGUGGAUCAUGGUUUGAAUUGCGAUUUGGGUGAGGGUACCGGUUCGGAUUUAGCUUCUCAGACAACAUCUCAGUCAUCUUACCGUUCAGGGAACAGCAGUGUUAACGUAGCUGAUAGGUUUGUGGAUUCUCCGGUGAGUACUCUUAACAUAUCCCAAAUAUUUAGCAAUAGUGAAUCUCUAAUGCAACUUAGGAAAGGGUUUGAGGAGGCAAGCAAGUUUCUUCCUAAUGGAAAUUCCUUAAUCAUUGAUCCGGAAAAUAACAGAUUCUCAUUUAAAGAGCUGAAUGAAGGACCUAGGAAUAUGGUAGAUAAUGUGGGCAAGAAGCCUGAGAAUGAGUGUCCUCCUGAUGGAUCACGGGGAAGGAAGAAUCCUUACCCUGAUGAUGUGAGUAUAGAGAGUGGGAGAAAUAAUAAGCAGUCAGCAGUUUAUACUGAAUCAACAGUGAGUCAAGAAAUGUUUGAUAUUGUAUUGCUAAAUCCUGGCCAGAGUGAAUCUGAGAUUCGUGAAGCUUUGCGGAAUGGGAUGAUCAAGAAUGUGCAGCAAAAUAGACAAUCAAAAGGGCCUAAUGGUGGUAAGGGCCGUGGAAAGAAGAAGGGAGCUAAAAAGGAUGUGAUUGAUUUGAGAAAUCUGCUGACACUUUGUGCUCAAGCUGUUGCAGCUAAUGAUAGAAGGAAUGCAGAUGAGCUACUGAAGAAAAUUAGACAGCACUCAUCUUCUGAGGGGGAUGGAAUGCAGAGAAUGGCCCAUAUUUUUGCUGAUGGACUUGAGGCACGCUUGGCUGGUGCUGGAACCAAGGUUUAUAAUAAUCUUAUCAACCUGCAAGCUGCGUCAGCAGCCAAUGUCUUGAAAGCUUACCAUCUGUUUCUUGCUGCUUGUCCAUUUCGGAAGGUCUCAAAUUUCUUCUCGAACAAAACAAUUAUGAAUUUAGCUGUGAAAGCAACAACACUCCACAUAAUAGAUUUUGGUAUUAUGUAUGGUUUCCAGUGGCCAUCCCUCAUACAGCGUCUUUCGUCUAGGCCUGGGGGGCCUCCUAGACUUCGGAUAACUGGGAUUGAUCUCCCACAACCAGGAUUUCGGCCUGCAGACAGGGUUGAAGAGACAGGUCGCCGCUUGGCAAAGUAUGCGGAAACUUUUAAUGUUCCAUUUGAAUUCAAUGCAAUUGCACAAAAGUGGGACACCAUUCAAAUUGAGGAUCUCAAGGUUGAGAGUGGUGAAGUGGUUGUCGUGAACUGUUUGUAUCGCCUUAAAAAUCUGCUUGAUGAGACUGUCGUGGUUGCAGAGGCUCCAAGGGAUAUUGUCUUAAAGCUGAUCAGGAAGAUAAAUCCUGAUGUUUUCAUACAAGGGAGUGUGAAUGGGGCUUACAAUGCACCCUUCUUUAUCACGAGAUUCAGAGAGGCUGUCUUCUUUUUCUCAACCUUGUUUGACAUGUUCGAAACCAUUUUGCCUCAUGAUAUUCCAGAGCGCAGGCUGGUGGAGAGGGAGCUAUUGGGGCGAGAGGCAAUGAAUGUGAUAGCAUGUGAGGAUGCAGAGAGGAUUGAGAGACCAGAAACUUACAAGCAGUGGCAGUACCGGAACAUGAGGGCUGGGUUUACUCAGCUUCCACUGAAUAAGGAAAUACUAAAGAUGGCCAAGGAAAGAGUGAAAGCAUGCUACCACAAGGAUUUUGUGAUUGACGAAGAUAGCCAGUGGUUGCUUCAGGCCUGGAAAGGCCGAAUUGUUUUUGCACUCUCCUCCUGGAAGCCUUCUUGUUAAAUGCCUGUUCACCAUCACUAAUAUUUGUGGUUAAAAUCCUUGGUGCCAUAACCUUGUAUGCAAUAUAUAUCUAUUGUAUUUGCUUGGAAGGUUAUAGCUGUAAUAUAUAGUCAUUUCAUUCGGUAAAAUUUAGUCCCAAGUCCAUGGCUGUAAUCGAAUCUGUCAGAAGAUGUAGAAUGCUUCAUGGUGUACAUUUUUUGCCCUAGGACUUGGUGUUUCCGAAGCCAUAAGUAUAUGCAUAUUCUUUUUAGGAAAUCAACAGAUGUCAGCAGCCUGGACAUUUAGCAUGUACUUGGUUAAUCCUUGCAGUUUGUAGCAAUGUAGAAAUUUUUUUGAUCAAUCUAAAAAUAAUGAUGAUUAUUAUC